AUGUCAACGACGACCUUCGCAAAGUCUGUUGAUAAAAGUAUAGACUCUUAUCUUUUUAAAUCAAAAAUUAGAAAGUAUGUUCUGUUGACAUCUCUCUUCUUAUUGGGUGCUCUAGUUGUAUUAAUUCCAUGUUUAAUUGUCUGGUCACAUAAAAAAGAUAAUUGUUCGACUCCUAGUCCAACACCAGGACCUUCACCAUGGAAUGCAAGCGAUUAUCAAUCAAAUAGUGAUUAUUAUAAAAACUUGAAUGACUCUCACAUAUUCACACAAGAAGAUAAUCUUCGUUUGGAUCGAUUAUCAUCACCAAGAUAUUGUCCUGGUGAUGGUUCCAAAGUUAUUUAUCUAAGAAAACAAUAUCAUAUGCCUGAUUUAAAUGGAUCAUCAACAACAUUACAUUUCGUUGAUAUAAAGAUUCCUCUUGCUCCAAAAACCGUUCAGUUAACACGACCAAUAUGGGGAAUUAAUGAUCAACAAUUUUAUUGGAUAGACAAACGAACUAUUCUAUUUCUAUCAAAUCGAGGCUCAUCCCGUCUUAAUCAAAUAUUUCAAUUGAAUCUUCCUGAUGAUCCAUUAAACAUAAAAGAUUUCAUUGAACCAAUUCAAAUAACUAAUUAUUCAUUGAAUAUUGAUAAUCUUAUUGUUAAUCAGCAAGCUUCUCGUCUAGCAUUUAGUUGUCAAGUCUAUGCGAAUUUAUCAAUCGAAGAUACAGCCAUUCAACAAAACACUGAACAGACAAGUGGUUCUCGCGUUUAUAAAUUUGAUAAGUUAUUCAUUCGUCAUUGGGAUGAAUAUAUGUUAGGUCGACGUCAUCAUCCAUUUGUUGUCUCAAUUGAACGAGAUAAAAAAGGAACAUUCAAAUUUGCUUCAAUACCUAAAGAUGUUCUUUUCGGUAUUGAUAGUGAUUCACCAACACGUCCAUUUGGUGAUGCUAAAUCACAAUGGUCAUUUAGUGCUAGUGGAAAUUCAUUUGCUUUCACUCGACAACAUGAUGAAACAAGUGAAGUUGCUUGGUCAACUAAUUUAGAUAUAUAUACUGUUGAUUUAAUUAAAGAAAACAUGUCUAGUAUUUGCAUAACAUGUUUUAAUUUAGCUGCAGAUACCGAUCCAAAAUAUUCACCUAUCGACGAAAACAUUUUGGUCUAUCGAUCACAAUCAGUACCAGGAUAUGAAUCGGAUCAGUUCAAAGUGAAAUUAUAUGAUGGUACAAUAACGAAAACAUUAUUUGAUCAAUGGGAUCAAAGCAUUCAAGUAAUAACAUGGUCAAAAAAUGGUCAAUCACUUUUUCUCGAACUGGGUGAAAAUGGAGAACAUGUUAUUUAUCAAUCAGUCAACAUUUUCAAUCCUAAUGAAACUGUUUUUCAUCGUGUUGCUAGUGGUGGAACUUGGCAUGAUGUUAAUCUUCAUCCAACCAAUAGUGAAAUAUUUCUUGCUACUUAUGACGAUUUUCAUCAACCAACGAAUAUUGUUUUACAUACACAAGACGGCAAAACUCCAAUAACAAAACACAACGAUUGGUUAAUCCUCAGAACUGAGUUUAGUUUUGGUGCCUAUGAACAAUUUGAAUUUUUAGGAGCACGAAAUGAAACUGUUUCAGGAUGGUAUUUAUCACCAAGAAAUAUGUCUUCAGAUAAAGUACCUCUCGCUUUUUUAAUUCAUGGUGGUCCACAAAAUAGUUGGUAUAAUACAUGGGGUCGAGGAUGGAAUUUUCAAGUGUAUGCUGCACAAGGAUAUGCUGUUAUUGGCAUUAAUUUUCAUGGAUCAGAUUCCUAUGGACAAAAUUUUACUGAUAGUAUCACAAGUGAAUACGGUACAUUACCUUUUGAAGAUCUUCAAUUAGGACUUACAGCUGUUUUAAAACGAUAUUCAUAUAUUGAUAAAAAUCGUGCAGUUGCAUUGGGUGCUAGUUAUGGAGGAUUUAUGAUCAAUUGGAUAGCUGGACAUCCAGAAAUGAGUCAACGUUUUCGAGCUCUUGUUUGUCAUGAUGGUCUAUUUGAUAUGAGAGAAAUGGGCUAUGCUACUGAAGAAUUAUGGUUCUCCGAACAUGAUUCUGGUGGUUUUACUCCAUAUGAAAAUCCACAAGCUUAUGAAAAAUUUAAUCCAGUUAAUCAUGUUGCUAACUGGACUCAACCAAUGUUGAUUAUUCAUGGUGGACUUGAUUAUCGUGUUCCUGAUACACAAGGCAUUGGUGCAUUUACAGCUUUGCAACGACGUGGAAUUCCAAGUCGAAUGCUUUACUUUCCAAAUGAAAAUCAUUGGACAUUAAAUCCAUUUAAUUCAAUUGUUUGGUAUCGAGAAGUAUUCGAUUGGAUGAAAUUAUGGACUCAAUAA